AUGAAAUGUGAUGAAUAUUCUAAUUGUUCAGAAUGUGUAGAUAAGUUAUUUAUAGGAACAUAAUGUAAUUAAAAUUGUUUGUCUAUAAAUUGUGAAGCAUGUGAUUUAAAUGGAAUAUGUAUAAGAUGUAUACCAAAUUUUUAAAUCAAUUUAAAUGGUGAUUGUAUAUGUGUAUUAGGAGAAUAUUAUCUUGAUUCAUCAAAUACUAUAUGUAUAUGUAUUUAAAAUAUUAUAAUACAUUAGAAUGUUCUGAGUAGAUAGAUAAAUGUUAAUAAUGUGAUAUUACAGGUUGUUUAAAUUGUGAAAAUGGUUAUUUCCUUGUUAAUGGUUUAUGUAAUUAAUGUAUGAAUAAUUGUAUUUCUUGUUAAAUCUUAUCUAUGUGUGAUAUUUGUAAGGAUGGUUAUUUUGGUUCAUAAUGUGAUUAAUGUCAUGGAACUUGUAAGAAUUGUUCUGGUUCAUUAAUCAAUGAAUGUAUAGAAUGUAAAGAUAAUGCAAUUUAAAACAAUUUCUAAAUAUCAUUAGAUAGUAAAUCAAUAUUUUAAUGUGAAUGUGACUAAUAGUUUUAUUUUGAUUCUAAUUUUAAUUGUUAACUUUGUGAUACUAAAUGUAAUAAUUGUGAUGGAGGAUCAAAUUUUGAUUGUUUAGAUUGUUUUUUAAGUUAAAAUAGAAUAAACCAAUCUAAAAAUUGUAUUUGUGAUAUAGCAAAUAAUUAUGUAGAUUUAGGUGAUGAUAAUUGCUAUCUAAUAAAUUGUGGUUAUGGUUGUUCUGAUUGUCAAUUUAAUGGAAUUAUUUAUUUAUGUUAAACUUGUCAUAGUAAUAAUAAUUAAACAAAUAGAAUUAAUGACCCUUAAUUAGAGUGUCCUUGUCAAUAAGGUUAUUAUGAAUUAUCUUAAAAGAAUUGUUUAUGUAUUAAUAUCAUUUAUGUAGAAUGUCCAUCUUAAUGUAGUACUUGUAUUUCAGAUGUAUUCAAUAUACCAUAUUGUACAACUUGUUCAGAUAAUAGAGAUAUUAAUGAUAAUUGUAACUGUCUAAUUGGAUAUUAUAUAAGUGGAUAAACUUGUCUUAAAUGUCCAGAAACUUGUUUAUAUUGUUUAUCUGCUGAUAGAUGUGUUCAGUGUUAAUCAAAUUUUGUACUUCAUGAUGGAAAAUGUAUUUGUCCACUCAAGAAUUUUGCAUAUAGAUCUGUUUGUUAAUGUUAUUAAGGGUAUUAUAUGCACUUAGAAACUGAUAAAUGUUUACGUACUUUAAUAAUAUAUAUUCAAUAGCAUGUCAUUAUAAAUGUAAAUAAUGUGAAUUUACAUCUACAAAUUGUAUCUUAUGUAUUGAUAAUUAUUAUAAACCACCUGAUUGUAAAUGUGCUUCUGGUUUUUAUGAAUUGGAUACUAAAUGUAUUCCAUGUACAAAUAAUUGUCAUCUUUGUAAAUCUGAUAUAGAAUGUUUAGAUUGUUCUAAUCAAAUGAAUUUAAUUAAUAAUUAAUGCAUAUGUUAAACAGGAUAUUUUAAUUAUUAUGGAUAUUCAGAUUGUAAUUAAUGUUCAUUAUAGUGUUUGGAAUGUAAAUAUCAUUAAGAUAAUUGUGUACUAUGCAAAUAUAAUAGAGUAUUACCUUAAUUAUGCAUAUGUCCAGAAGGAACAUAUGAAAUUGACUUAAUUUCUCCAUGUUUGAAUUGCAAUUCUAUAUGUUUCACUUGUGAACAUGAUUCAAUUAAUUGUUUAAAGUGUUCAUUAAAUAGAAUAGAUCCUCCUCUUUGUAAAUGCAAUAUAGGUUAUUUUGAAGAUGAAGAUUUAUUAUGCUAAUAAUGUAAUUCAAGAUGUAGAUUAUGUGAAAAUUCAUCAGAAAAUUGUUUAACAUGUAAACUAUAUUCUACAAUACCACCUAAUUGUGAUUGUUUAGAUGGAUAUUAUUAUGAUAUUUCUAAUGGAUGUAUUAAAUGUCAUAAAACAUGUUUAACUUGUAAUGGAUCUGAAGAAUAUCAUUGUUUAACUUGUGAUAAUGAUAAGUUUUUAUAAUUAUAAAACAAUAAAUGUGAGUGUUAAUCAAAUUACUAUUAUUAAGAUGAUAAUUGUUUAAUCUGUUCUAUUGAUAUAGAAAUCUGUUAACCUAAAAUAUGUGGAAAUGGAAUUAAAUAAAGGUUUGAAGAAUGUGACGAUGGAAAUACAGAUAAUAGAGAUGGAUGUUCAAAAGAUUGUAAAUUAGAAUAGAAUCAUUAUUGUUAAUUAAUUCCAAAUUUACAAAUUCAUAAUUCUAUUUUCAUUUCUAUAUGUACUAAAUGUACAUAAUAAUGCAAAGUGUGUAAUUCUAGUAGAUGUCUUCAAUGUCACACUGGUUAUUAUAUGACUUAAUCAUUUGAAUGCAGUCAAUGCGAGUAAUAUUCUAUUUCUAUUCUUAUAGUAAACAUUGCAAAGAAUGUUCAGGACCAUUUUAGAAAGAUUGUCUAUCUUGUAUUAAAGGUAUUGAUUAUGGUUUUCCAUAAAAAUGUGCUUUUUGUGAAGAAACAAUAGGUUUGUAUACAAAUGGACUUCAAUGUGCUUCUUUAUGUGGAGAUGGAAUUAGAAAGAGUGAUGAGAAAUGUGAUGAUGGUAACACUCUCAAUUAUGAUGGAUGUUCUAAUAUAUGUUAAAUUGAAUAAGAAUGGGGUUGUCAAUAAUAAAUUAAUACUUUAAGUGUUUGUUAGAAAUUAAAUUUAUCUAUUGCUACUUUAGAAUUUAAAAGAGUUAAAGAUUUUUAUUAGUCAUCUAGAUUUGGAUUAAUUUAAUUUAGUAAACCUAUGAUCUUAUUUAAUUCAUCUAUAAUCUAAUUAUGGAAAUAAUAAAUUGUUAAUUAUAUUGAUCAUAUAGAUUUUGACAUUAAUUCAACUACUCAUUAUAAUUAAGAUGGUCAUUUAGAAUCUAUUUCAAUUGAAAUAAUCUUGCAUAAAAGUAUUGAUUUUAUAUAAUAUCAAAUUAACUUUUCAAAUUAUAUCAUCUAUGAUGCAAUUGAUUAAUAUUCUCUAAAAUCAACAAUUUUAUAAGCUGAUUUAUUGAAAUAUAAAUAAUUAAGCACACAAACCUUAAGUACAACUAAAGCAUCAAAGUAAUUUGGAUCUACUGUAUUAUUUAUCUUAGGUGGUAUUGCUGUUAUAGGAUUAUUGAUGGGAAGUUUGGAAUUUUAUUGGAAUGUAUUAGAUAAUCUAUAAAUUCUAUCAUAUAUCACUUAUAUUAAUGUUAACUUUCCUUAUAUGCAUAAUUAAUUUUUGGAUAUAUUUAAAUUUGCAAGAUUUGAAUUUACAAAUGACUUUUUCAAAUUUGAUAUCAUAAAUAAUUUAGAUUAUCAAUAAAAUAAGGAUUAUCCUUUAAUUGUAGAAAGAGAAGUUGAAUAUAACUUAGUCAUUAAUUUAAGUUCUAUCUUAGUUUUAUGGUUUACACCUUUAAUUUUAUUAUUCAUUUCUAAAUUUAAUCUAUUUAUUAUUCACAGAUUGUUAAUUAAAAAAUUUCAAAAUAUUAAUAGAAAACAAAAAGUUAACAGUCUUAAAUUUUUGGGUUACAAAGUAAUAUCAUUCAUUUAAUUUAUAAGUUUGAAGUAUUGCUCAAGUUUUUACUAUACUAUAAUAUUAAGAAUCUAUUUAUCAAGUUUAUAUGAUUUGAAUUUUUCCAUAUUCACUUCAGCAUAUUGUUGGUUAUGGAAUUAAAAUCCAAACCUUAUAGAUUAAAUUUCAUUUAUUAUUGCUAUGACAUUACUCCUAUUUUAAUUUACUAUUCUAUUUAUACUUUCAACUUCUCUAAAGGCAUUCUCCUAUUAAAUCAGUUCAAAGAAUUAUUUAUAAAAUUUUGGAUCUUUAUAUGAAGGCAUAAAAUCAAAUAAAUAAAUCAAUCGUUAAAUUUAAUUUCUCUAACCCUUAAGAAAAAUUAUGUUUAUGGGUGCUUUAUUAUUAUUUUUUGAUACUGCAAUAUAUCAGAUCUCACUUUUAAUAUCUAUAUAAAUUUUAUCAUCACUUAUUUUAAUCUCUCUUAAUCCUUAUAUGAAUAUUUUAGAAACUAUUAAAGGUGUUACUUAAGAAGUUGGAUUAAGUCUUUCAUUAUCUUUAAUCUUAUUUUAUUAUGCACAAGAUUAAUUUAAAAUAACAGACUAAGAUACUAUAGAAAAACUAUCUUAUAUUCAUGUUGGAAUCUAUACCAUUAUGUUAUCAACAAGUCUUAUUAUUGAUUUAUAUUAAUAAUUUAAGACUAUUACCAAUAAAUAUAAAUAUUUAAAGUAGAUUAGUUAAAUGUGUCAAAAAAAGAAAUUAAAUUAAACUCAAGAAUCAAAUAGAGAUUUAUUUAUAGAUUUAAGUUAGUAAAAUUAAAUUAGAUUAAGUAAUAAUUAAAUUUGCUUCACUAACUUAAGGAUAUAGUGA